CAAGAAGGCCACCUGGGUCCUUCUCGUGGCCUCUACACUCCUAUUGCUGGAUCUCCAGCAUCCUUAAAGACAAGAGAGGCCCAGGGGCCUAGGGCUAGAGACCGAGACCCUCAGACCUCGUGCUGGAACUGUGGGGCCUUUGCAUGCAAACACCUACUAAGCUUCAUCCCCACCCCCAGCCCCACCUCCACCAGCCAGACAGGCUGACUGGAGCAGAUGCCAGGGCUGUGAGGAGACAGUAGGACGCUCGUCAACGACAAGUCACAAUCCACUGUUUUAAAAGGCCCUAGCUCCCACUGUUGGCAGGGUUGCUAACGACAGGAAGGGAACGGUUGCCUGUGCCUCAGUUUCCCCUCCUGCAAAGCGAUGCUACCACAGUCUGGAGCGCUGCCUUGUCUAAGCCACACCACAUGCUCUGUGGACAUCGGUCACUGGUGUAUGCUUCCACCAGAGCUCGGGGUGACACUCAGAAUACUUGUCCCCUGGCGGCGGCAGCCUUGACUGGGCCAGUUAGCUGUAUAUCCCAGGUGUGUGCGGCCGGGUUCUAAGAAUGAGGAAGAGGUUACAUGGGUUGCCUGUGUUCUGUGUUAUCUCUCUUGCUGUGCCAUGCUUGGCCACACACUGGAGUCUGGCACACAGCCUGACUGGCCAUCAACUGUUGGCCGAUUCUUGCCGUGGUGAUACUGCUGUUCCCCGUGUCGGGGAGAAAGGGUGGAAGAGCUGUUAUCGGGGUCUAUGUGCCCCAGGCCAAUUCCCACCCAAGCAUCAAGGCUGAGGGGAGUAAUGGGGGUGCUAGCGUGUGCCCCCAAACAUCAGCCGAGGACACGUGUACGGUCUAACUUAGUAACACACCUGUUGUGGUAAUGAAAACACUUGUGCUGGGGGCUAUUUUUGGCGUCUCUUUAGCUGCUGAGACUGCCCUGCAGCCUCGGGAGGGAAGACAGGCAGUGAGGCGAACGGGCCACGGGGGACCCAGGCGCUCAGAGCAAGGCUGUGAUGAACGGCAGCAGCCACUCACCCACGGCCAUCCACGGUGCCCCGUCUACGCCCAAUGGCUUCAGCAACGGCCCAGCCACCUCAUCCACAGCCUCGCUGUCCACACAGCACCUGCCCCCGGCCUGCGGGGCGCGGCAGCUCAGCAAACUCAAGCGGUUCCUCACCACCCUGCAGCAGUUUGGCAGCGACAUCUCGCCCGAGAUCGGGGAGCGCGUGCGCACACUGGUGCUGGGACUGGUGAACUCAACUCUGACGAUCGAAGAGUUUCAUUCCAAGCUCCAAGAAGCCACCAACUUUCCACUGAGGCCGUUCGUCAUCCCCUUUCUGAAGGCUAAUCUUCCGCUGCUGCAGCGAGAGCUCCUGCACUGCGCCCGCCUGGCCAAGCAGACGCCUGCCCAGUACCUGGCCCAGCACGAACAGCUGCUGCUGGAUGCCAGCGCCACCUCCCCGGUGGACUCGUCUGAGCUCCUGCUGGAAGUCAACGAGAACGGCAAGAGGAAAACACCUGACAGGACCAAAGAGAAUGGGUCAGACCGGGACCCUCUGCACCCCGACCACCUCAGUAAGCGGUCCUGCACCCUGAGCCCUGCCCAGCGCUGCAGCCCCAGCAAUGGGCUGCCCCACCCUACACCGCCCCCGCCCCCGCACUAUCGCCUGGAGGACAUGGCCAUGGCCCACCACUUCCGGGACUCCUACCGACAUCCUGAUCCCCGAGAGCUACGGGAACGCCAUCGGCCCCUCGCCAUACCUGGGUCUCGACAAGAAGAAGUGAUUGACCACCGGCUCACGGAACGUGAGUGGGCAGAAGAGUGGAAGCAUCUCAAUAGUCUCCUGAACUGUAUCAUGGACAUGGCGGAGAAGACGCGGAGAUCCCUCACCGUGCUGCGCCGGUGUCAGGAGGCCGACCGCGAGGAACUCAACCACUGGAUCCGGUGCUACAGUGACUCUGAGGAGGGGAAGAAGGGCCCCACUCCCAUCUCCGCCCGGUCCCUCAACAGCUGCAGUGGCUCUGAGGGGUCUCAGCUAGAUGUUCACCGGGACUUCACCCCCAGGACCCUGUCUGGCUAUAUGCCUGAAGAGAUCUGGAGGAAGGCUGAAGAAGCUGUGAAUGAGGUGAAGCGUCAGGCGAUGUCGGAACUACAGAAAGCCGUGUCUGAUGCGGAACGCAAAGCCCACGAACUCAUCACCACAGAGCGUGCCAAGAUGGAGCGAGCCCUGGCUGAGGCCAAGCGACAGGCCUCGGAGGAUGCCCUGACUGUCAUCAACCAGCAGGAGGACUCCAGCGAGAGCUGCUGGAACUGCGGGCGCAAGGCCAGUGAGACUUGCAGUGGCUGUAACGCCGCACGCUACUGCGGGUCCUUCUGUCAGCACAAGGACUGGGAGAAACACCACCAUGUGUGUGGCCAGAGUCUGCAGGGCCCUGCAGCUGCGGUGGCUGACCCAUUACCUGGACAGCCUGACGCCACUGCCAGCCCCAGCGAAGCCGGCUCAGCAGGACCCUCUCGUCCCUGCUCUCCGGGCCCACCAGUCCCACUGGACACUGCUGUGCCCCGCUGACCUCCAGAUCUGCCACUCAGCCCCUGGACGCCCUGCCCUGCCAACCCAACCCCGGCCCCACCGUGGUCCACCAGUUGCCUGGAGCUGGCCUUGUGGAGUCACUGCUGCUACUGCUUCUCUCCAAAAUAAAACACAGAUCCAACAGAACUGCACCCAUGCAGCCCCAGCUACCUGACAAGGUCCACCAGGACCUCUACAGUCUCUCUUCGCAAGCACCCUCAGAAACCACCACGGAGCUGCAGACAUCGGCGUCAGCGGAAGUGUGGCCAGCUGUCUGCCCCCUCUGUGUCUGUCUGUGACCGUCUCUCUUUCUGCGUCUGCCUCUCUUCUGCGUGUCUGGAUGUCUUCGUCUCCUUCUGCCUCCCUGACUCUCCCGUGUCUCCGUCUCUGUGAAGUCCACGUGGGUUUCUCUGUCAGCAGAGAAACCCCAGUUGGUAGCUUUGGUUUUCCAUGAAGAACUUUUGGAGACUUUGUUUUGUUUUGCUGGCAGACAAGCUACUUAGAAACGGACAGAGAAGACUGGGGGGGGCUUCUCCCCCAUCCCUCCUCGGUAAGGGAAGAAACUGUGAUUUUUUUUUUUCUAGCCGGUGUUGCUCUAUCUCCCAGCCAGCCCCGGGGGGGAUCGGCGCGCACACAGAAGAGAUGCCGAGAAACAUUUCAGUUUCCAACUCAAGAAGCAGUUUUUGUUUCAGGUUUUAUUUCUUUUCUUUAACGUCAAACUCUUUGGCUUUAAGUGAAGAAGAAAAAAAGAGAGAGAGAGAGAGAGAAAAAAUCCAAAAAGUUGUUUGUUUUUUUUUUAAGCAAAAGAAACGUACCUAUAAACUACCUUACCAGCUAGCCAGCCAAGGAUGCCAGACACACCUCGCUCCAAAGGAAACCCAAAAAAAAAAAAGCAAACUCAAAAAAAUCAAAAUCCAAAAUUUAUUUUUAUCACUGCCAAAGUAUUUUUUUCAUGGUCUCUCCACCCUGGGUUGGUUUGGAUGUCAGUCUUUGAUUUUGGUUUUGAUUUUGUCAAGGGGAGGGGGGCGGGUGUCGGGAUACUGGGAUUUGGUGGGUUGGGCCAAGAAGAAACCUUUCGUUCCUUUUUGACCGGUGGGCAGCAUCCUGGCUGGGCAAUGUGGUCGGCAGCGAGGCCCUAUGGCCCUCAGCACCACAUCCAGAAGCCCCAGUCAGCAUGAGCCUGAGCAUUGUGUGCCCAAGGGCCACGCCCGUGCGUCCCUACACGCAAGGGUGACAUCUCCAUCUGUCCCCACACCUUCCUGGGACUUCUCAUAAGUCAUUUCCACUUGUGAAAAAAAAAAGUGCUAACGUGUUCUCCCCAGAGAGAGCACACUUCCUAAAUGAAACUGUGACAAUCUUUUGGGUUGAUUCUUGACUGCUUUCGCGAGCAUAAGGAGACGGCAAAUCAUGCUUUCUCAGUUUCCCUCCUCUACCUCUCUGCUUUUCCACCCCACCCUACCUCCAUCUCAACCCCGUCACCCCCGUCCCCAGUGUCUUGCUAUGGCUACCCUCAUUUCUUUCAAACUUUUACAGAAAAAAAAAAAGAAAAAGAAAAAAAAAAAAAAAACACCACAAAAACCAGCCGCCACCUCACCUAGAAGACUCAAGCCCACCUGUACAUAGCCCCAAUGUUGGUCUCCAGUCCUAGGGGUGAUGGUGUGGCUCGCCCACCUACACUCCAGCCCUUGCCCGCCCUGCCCUCCACCCGCUCGACUCCCUCAAGGAUUCAAGGAGGAAAUGAAGGAAGAGGGCUCAUGCCUGUACCAAACAAAGAGAGACAGCAGACAGAGUCCGGGUCUGCGCCCUCUGUGUGGCUGCAGCAAGCUGCAGGCCUAGCGUGCAAUAUGGGGGACUGCUCCUGAACCCUGGGCCCAGGGGGCCCUGCCCAGAGCGAGGUGUGCAGCGUGUGUUAAUGUGAAUGUAAAUAGGUCUCCACAGAAGUCCCAACCAUGGCAUCAGUACCGAGGAGAUGUUUGCCAAAUAAAAAAAAAAAGAAAUUGAGACAAACCACAGACGUGUGUGAAAUUCAGGAAACACUUUGGAAGGAAUCUGUGGAGGAGCUGUGGUCCUAGGGGCUUGUUUGAUGGCUGGUUAUCUCUUCACAACUGUGUAAUCGUUCUCUAACAGAACAUUCUAUGGAAGGAUCCUGUUGGCCAUCAUCAACCCGGUGCUGUCCCGGAAUGGAGCCUGACAGCAACCCUUGCUCUGAAGGCCGAGGUAGAUCUCAUUCCCUGGAAGGUUCCUGAGGCCACAGCUCUUCAAGGCCACAGAGGUGUGUUUUGGUGGGUUUCAGAGAAGCCAGGACACACGGCGGCCUCCCAACUUCUAGUGGACGACCGGUCCUCCUGAGCGUCUGCCUUCGAACACUGAGUCCGUGUGCUGGUAGAGACCUGCCUCACGUCACAAGAAGCCCCACUGGAUUGAUUUCGUUCCCAGCUGUACCCCACGCAGGGCUUCUUGUCUGUGCUGCCCCAUAGCACACAGCCUCCUUGACCCUUCCAGAAGGGCAGGCCAGUGACCACUGGCAAGAAAGAGUUCUGGGUGGGGUGGUGGGCACCAUGUUUGUGGAGGGGGAACAACGUUAGACCCUCAGGUAUGCUGAGGAGCUGUAGUCUCUAGAGGUCUGGGCCAGGAGUCCUGAGGUGGCGUCCCUGAUGACCUAAGUCCCUGGUGUCAGGACUUCAGAGUGCCUGCUCCUAUGUGGUCCAGCCAUUCUGAGGAAGGUCGCAGAGGGCCACCAGUUUGCUUUAGUUGAAAUACCUCCUCUCCUCAUACCCACCUUUUAGGAACGAGAGGGCUCACCACAGACAACAAAAUGCUGCCUAGCCAGAUUUGUCUCCAUGUUCCAGGCUACAUAUUUAGGGUUCAGCUGAGAGCCCCAUCUAUAUCCUAGCUGCUGGGAGCGAUAGCCCCUCAAGGCAGCUGUCAGAUGGCACUGGACCAUGUGCAUGAGAUUUGGCCAGCAAUUGUAAACAUCAAGGGUGAGCGCCUAGCAGUUUGCUGGGCAGAGCUCAGGGGUCAAGGCGGCCACAGAAUCAGGGUGGCAGGGAGAGAGGGCUGUGAAGGGUUGGGUGAGGAAACCAAGGGCUGGAAGCAGCAGAAGGGAGUCCCAGGUGUGUUGAUGAGUUCUGGCUGGAUGUCAGCAGUGUCGCCUGAGGCAGUGUGGCCUGAGGCCAGGAGGUGGAGGGUAAAGUGAGGUUGCUACACCAGGUCCUGAGGCCCUGGCAAAGCUAUGGGUGCUGUGUUUAGACUCCAGCUCUCCAAAGACCUUACAACAAAACCAAACAACCUCACAGCUUUGGAAAGAACAGGAUCCAUGGGCGUUCUUCACUGGGAGGUAUGCCCUGGGUGGCCAUAACCACAGCAUGCCCUUGGUUUCAACCACCAGUCUGCCUGGGGGCUCUACACAGAGCUAGCAGGGAGGGGCAUGGUACUCCAUCCCUGACUCCUGCUACCUCCUCUAGUUCACAAACCAUGGACCCAGGAACUACCUGCCAGGCCUGCUUCUUGGUAACCCGAGCCAAACAUGAACCGGCUCCCUGGAGAUGUGGCUCUCACAGAGUCUUGCUCCCCCAAAACCCCAAAUUAAAAGGCUACUUUUCUUCCUAUUUUAUGGCCAAAGCUAAACCAGGAAGGCUGAGUGAGGAGGGCAGGUAGCAGGCAGAACUCUCCAACCCCCCAAGGCCCAGCCCAGAUCCCGUCUCAUGACCUUAUGGCUUCUUGGCACAAGUCCUGUCUCUCCCACCACUCCUCUCAUCAACUUGCCCAGCCCUGCCUCAAACCCAGACUGGACUUUCCCCAAGGGCUACCUAAGAGGCUUCUCUCCAGCUCAGUCCUCACAUUUGCACAGGAGUGGAGGUCAGUGGCUCUCGUCCCACGUGUGGUCACAGCUGUAUAGGAUCAGGCUGGAUGGUGCCACAGCUCAGGUCCCACUGCCUGACAGGGUGCCAAGGUGAGAAGAGCUAGCUCCCACAGGAGGGCCCAGAAGGAAUCAGUCAACGGGGACAUCUGUCAGAAAACCUGAGAGGGUCUCUAUUGACAGAGAAGGCCAAGAAUGGGAGGCAGGGCCUUGGGCAGUUGAGGACACAGUGGACAGGGAUCAGGAUGGGCCUCAAAGUUCUCAUUUAGUUCCUCCAAAUAAGCAUUAGACUGACACCAAAGUUUCAUCUCUGGCAUCCAUUCUUCUACUCCUCAGCCUAACCUCACGGAUAGAUCAACGCUUUCCUGAGCUUGUCCUGACUGACACAGCCUCCGCCCAUUCAUCUUCCUCCGCCUGACCUUCCAGUCAAUCACCCCUGUCUGUCAACCUUGACCCAUCUGCAAAUCCAUCUUCCCACCUGUCCAUUGCUCCAUCCACACUGUCUCUCCACCCCACCAUCCCAGCAUACCAUUCCUACAUCCAAAUGCCUUCCAGCCCCAUGCACACAGCCACCCCCAGGUCCAUCAUCUCUCUGUCCCUGUAUUCAGAGUUUUAUCAGCUCCCUCAGUGUACCAAAGACACCAGGUCCUCCCAUGCCCUAGACUCUGCUUGCCCUAAACCGGCCAGGGCUGCUCCAGGAAUCCCCUACCCAUGAGGCAACAUCCCGCAUCCCCUACCCCAGCACUCUGCCUCACCAUGGUGUCCAGACAGCAGGCAUUGUGGACAGGUUGGACACGUUCUUGUGGCAGCUGUGACACAUCUGGAGCUGCUUGGGGAGAGAAGGGAGUGAAAACUGUGCUGGGAGCGGGUCUGUACAUCUGCUCACAAGCUCUGGGAGGCUGCCUUAGGCAGCCCUGUUCCCUGAAAGUAGGGCAGUCCUUGUUUCUAGGAGUCUGUCCAGAAGAGGGAUCUCGGAAGAGGAAGGCAAGCCAGGGCCGGCCUCCCUUGGGAUAGGAGUGCUGUUAGCCUUGUGCCCCAGGACCCUUGUCUCAUCUUCUCUGUUAGGAUCCCAAGGAGCUCAGAGUCAGACGUGUCCAGCCUGCCCCUACCAAAUCAGCCAAUGGUGAGGAAUAUUUGCUGGGUGUUUGGGGUCAUCCGCAUCCCCCCAUACCUCAUUGCUUUUCCUGAACCUCCUACUAUGUAGGAAAGUUUCUGAAAUGAGGCUGAGGAGAGACCCCUGGGUUACCAUCAUGCUGGCCAGAGGAAGAGAAAAGAGGGAGAGAAACCUGAGGCGAGCUGGGCUCAGGGGACCAGCCGUCUCUUCCUGGAGACAGCUCGCUGACAAAGCCCAGGACAGUCAACCAGCAACUUGCACAAGUCCCCACAUCCUAGAAAACUCUGUCUUGUUUUCCGUUCCUUUUCCUUCAAUUCAGUUGGCCCGUAGGGUACCAAGCCAGACUGGGCGAUAGGAAUGCAGCAUCGACUCAAAAGUAUGGCCUGCCCAUUACAUCCUCUAAGGCUCCUGCUCCCAAGCCAGACAAGAGACCCAGCAGCCCUCGGCCCACACUGUAUCUGGGGUGGGCACGGCAGCACACAGCCUGCCAGGGAAGCCACUGCUUCUCCCCCUACAGGAGCUGGGGGAAGAGUACUGGAUGCUUUGUUCACGAAAAGCUGUGUUCCACAGCCCUACUCAUCUGGUGCUGUGUCCCACCACCCACCGUUAUCUACUGCUGUCCUAUAUGUUUGCCCUGUGGGCCACGGACACGGUGAUCAGGUUAAUUACAUCUGUGUAAUAAAGUGAGCAUUUGCUAUGA